AUGCUAUUCUCCCAGGAAAAUCGCCUGGUGUUUACUUACGAUGCCGAAACGCUUUGGAUCGAGCCGUGGGGCGAAAAUUCGCUUAGAAUUCGUGCAACAAUGCUGCCUUCCAUGUCGGGGCAGAACUGGGCGCUCCAGUCUCCUUGUUCGUCAGUCUCCAGCAUUGAGAUUACAGAAAAUAUGGGCACCAUUAUCAAUGGCAAGAUCAAGGCUGUUGUGACCAAGUCGGGGAAGGUCAUGGUAUGGAAUUCUAAGGGAGAGCUAAUGCUCGAGGAGUAUACCCGGAACCGCAAGGACGUGUUCGAUCCCAAGUGCAGUGCCAUUGAGAUUGCGGCUCGUGAGUUCAAAAGUAUCCUUGGCACGGAUAACUACCACCUCACGAUGCGAUUUGAGAGCGUCGCCGCCAGCGAAAAGAUCUAUGGCAUGGGCCAGUAUCAGCAGCCCUUUUUUGACUUGAAGGGUCACGACCUUGAACUUGCUCACCGCAACUCCCAAGCAACGGUGCCAUUCGCGCUCUCAUCCCUCGGAUACGGCAUCCUCUGGAACAACCCCUCUGUAGGACGUGCUGUUCUCGGUCGUAACAUUAUGACAUUCGAGGCAUAUUCCACCACGACGCUGGAUUAUUGGGUGGUGACCGGCGACAGCCCAGCAGAGAUCGUGGAAGCCUACGCGAAUGCGACCGGCAAGGUUCCUAUGAUGCCGGAAUAUGGGCUUGGAUUUUGGCAAUGUAAGCUGCGAUAUCAGACUCAAGAAGAGCUUCUUACAAUUGCCCGAGAAUACAAGCGAAGGGACCUGCCUUUGGAUCUCAUUGUGAUUGACUUCUUUCACUGGCCAAUGCAGGGCGAGUGGAAAUUUGAUCCCACAUACUGGCCUGAUCCUGACGAAAUGAUUCGGGAACUUGACGAGAUGAAAGUUGAGCUGAUGGUUUCAAUCUGGCCGACCGUUGACAAACGCUCUGAGAAUUACAAGGAAAUGGUUGAAUGUGGCUAUCUCAUCCGUGUGGACCGUGGUGUCCGCAUCGGCCUGGAUUUCGAGGGCGAAACGGUCCACUUUGAUGCGACCAACCCGAGGGCAAGAGAGUACAUUUGGGAUAAAGUGAAGAAGAAUUAUUUCAACAAAGGGAUCAAGGUGUUCUGGCUGGAUGAGGCAGAGCCCGAAUAUGCAGCGUAUGACUUUGACAACUUCCGAUACCAUCUCGGCUCUAACCUUAGCGUUGGUAACAUCUACCCUGUUGCAUACUCGCGAGCCUUUUAUGACGGUCUCAAGAAAGAAGGACAUGAACAGAUUGUAAACCUGGUUCGCUGUGCGUGGGCCGGCAGUCAGAAAUAUGGCGCCCUAGUUUGGAGCGGCGAUAUCGCCUCAUCAUGGUCUAGCUUCAGCAAUCAGCUCUCAGCAGGACUCCACAUGGGUAUCGCAGGAAUCCCAUGGUGGACCACAGAUAUUGGUGGGUUCCACGGAGGUGAUCCCAAUGACCCAGCCUUCCGAGAAUUGUUUGUUCGCUGGUUUCAGUGGGGAGCCUUCUGCCCCGUCUUCAGACUUCAUGGCGAUCGCGAACCGCGCCAGCCUCAAGUUGGUACAACUGGCGGCGCUACAUGUCGAAGCGGCGCAAAUAACGAGGUGUGGUCGUAUGGUCCGGAUGUGUACAGUAUCUGCAAAAAGUACAUGGCUCUCCGUGAAAGUAUGAGGCCGUACACUAGGAAGCUCAUGGAGGCGGCCCAUGAAAAGGGCAGUCCUGUUAUGAGAACUCUAUUUUACGAGUUCCCGGAGGAUAUCAAAUGCUGGGAAGUUGGAAAGCAGUAUAUGUACGGUGAUAAAUACCUAUGCUGUCCAGUUUUGAAGCCAGGGGUAGCAGAUAUGGAGGUAUACUUGCCAAGGGGGGCGAAGUGGAAGGAUGCUUAUGGCGCGACAUUGCCAGGGGGCCAAACACUCCGAGUCCAGUGCCCAUUAGACUACAUGCCGGUGUUUGAAAGGGUUUAA